ACCCGCAUUGGCUACAACCAAACCGGCCCCUUUCUGUGCACACCAAACCUUUGUCAAAGAUCGUCGCCCAGACAGUUUAAUACUUCCCCACCGUCGUGUAAAGAUGUGUUAUCCAAGGGUAUCGUUACCUCAUAUCCUCACCCUAGUGUUUCUUCUCCCCCACCCCGGGGCUCUGGGGUGCGACCCAAGCUUUCAGAUGUCAGUGCAGGAUAAAGUGAUGUAUUCUAAGGUUGUAGCACAGGGAACUAUUGUUAAACACUAUCCAGUCACGACGGCCAACCCCGGGCAGUUCGUAGCAGAGCUGGAGGUUCAGUGUGUGUUCAAAGACACGGGGACGAGGCUACCUGGAUUGCUGAAUAUCACCAAUGGCGGGUCUAAUCCUGGGAAAUGUUUUAAUUCUGUCCUGACCGUUGGAGAGGAUUAUGUUGUAUUCCUCCGCAUCCCCGGGACACAUUAUGAAGCUCAUACAUUGGAGGUCAAGGUCACGGACGCUGCGUUCAGUGAGGUUAAGACUGCGUGCGGAAUGAAGUUUACAGAAAUAUACCCUGAAGGCCUCACAGACGUAACAGCAAAGCACAAGUGCCCGGAUGUCAAGAACACACCAUGUCCCACCACGACGCCGUAUGUUCCAACACAUCGGACGAAACAUCCCCCACCACGUAAGAACAACAACAACAACAACAACAACAACAACAACAACAACAACAACGACUUCAUCAAUUCAAGGAAGCACCAAACUGGCGACGCAAGGUGGUCCAAAAAUAACGAAAAGGGUUACUAUGGAGACAGUCACGAUUUCAACGACGGAAAGAAGUGGUUCUAGAAACAACGGGGCAUUUAACAUACAAACUGUGAUUCUGUCGUUUGUGAUUGUGUUUAUCUGUUAUCGUGUGUAGGUAGUGUAUGGUGUUACAUAGAUAGCCGUGGACGAAGCGAAGGGAGCACUGUAAUUCAUGCAUAUAGAUGUUCCGUCUGUAACGUAUCAUUGAAUACGUUACUCAGAAAACAAAAAUGAAAACGUUUUGAAAAAUGAAAUCGCACUCAAGGAACUAUCGCUUUUGUUCUCAUACGCCACUCAUAUCGGCACGUCAUCGAUCCCAAUUGCGUGGAUCGAUGCUCAUGAUAUCAAUCACUGGAUUGUCUGGUUCAGACUCGAUUAUUUACAGACCGCCGUCAUAUAUCUGGAUAUUGCUGAGUGCUGCGUAAAACAACAAAUCAACCAACCAACUCAUAUCUGCAGUUUAUUGGAGACACGUCGUUGCCUUCAUUCGGAAGUCAAGGGAGGUAAAGCGUCCACGGGGAUGCAAGAGAGAGUGGAGAGUUGCCUCCCUUGUCCUUUCUUCGCUGGUCGUUGGUUUAAGUCUCAGAUUUGCACCGAUUAUGAUCCUUUUCUAAAUUCAUGCGACCUGCUACAUUUUCGGUGAGGUGAGGUGAAACUGGGUUCAACGUCGCGUCCAAGAUUAUUGCACUUAUAUAGCGACGUGCUGCUUGUACUAGUCCGGACUGAUGCCGAUUUAUAGUGCUAGCCC